AUGCUUGAGAACAACAUUCAAUUUCCUACAGAAACUGAAGUCGUUAGCAAGCUAAAAGAGUCAACAAUAUCAGCUGAAUUCAUAAACACGAUCAAUGACGUUAUCUCGAAAAUAAUUGGGCUAAAUUCGAGACAACCUCCUCAAAAAUCGAACACUUUUAUCGAAAAACUCACACCACUUAUAUUAUCAGCAAUCGUUGUUGACGGAAAGCUUCCUUCUUCAUUAGAAGAACAAGGUUUAACUUUUAUUCAUAAUUAUGUACAGUUAAUAACCGUAAUUGAUCUAAUUGGCAAACUCCUUAGCGGCAUUUGCAAUGUUUUACCAAAAGAAUUUCGUGAUCUUCAAUCUUUUUCAUUCAAUCCGCCAGAAGACGAAGAAUAUAUUAAUAAAAUCUACGAAUUUUCCAACCCUGAUGAAUUUCUGCAGCCAAAUGUCAAGAAAUUAUCCAAAUACCAACAAAAACUAAUCGAAGAAGUGUUCAAACUAAACAUAUUUCGUCAUUUCUUCGAAGUUUGUUCAUCUGAUCAAUUGACAAACACGACAAUCUCAGGUUUCAUACAAUUUUCCAAAUGUCUAUUCAACUUAUUACAACCUACAUCAGCUACUGCUAUCUUAGAACAAAUCAUUAAAUGCUUUAUUCCUCAUCUUGUCAAAUAUCCUGAUAUUCAAGUUGGACCACAGUAUCUUCUUGACUUAAUUCGAUUAAUACCUACGAUAUCUAAUACCAUUAUGGCAUUUCUUUGCGAAAUUAUGCUAAAACAAACGUCAUCAAACAAUGUCGCUAUAAAUGUUCUCGAAUUACCUCAAGCAUUAGAAUCAGAAGCCGUUAAAAAAGCGGUUAUUGAGAUUUUGAGCCAACCAGUUACUUCAAAACAUCCGAAAUUGAUGCAAACAGUUGCAUCGAUGUUACCAAAGCUUUCAGCGAACAUGCCGUUCACAGCAACUGAGAUUCUUAGUAUUCUGUCCCAGAAAUCGUUGUUUGACGAGUAUCAUUGCAAUUUAGUAAAUGGAUUAAUAUUAGAUAUGAAAGAAUCGCCGGAACCGAUUGCAGACUUUAUUAUUUCAUCGGAUCAUUUCAAUGCGCGCCUUAUUAUGACAUUAAUUCAGGUUAUUCCGCUAACAAAUUCUUUUUCAAAAAUUUUAUUCGAGAGAUUGAUGAGAGAUCAAGACAAACUAUCUCCUCUAUCAAUGAAAGGAUUGAUAAUGAAUGAUUCUGUUCGCAAACUCAUUCAAAAUGCUUUGGAUGAUACAAAUAAUAUCCAAUUAAUCCAGAAAAUUGCUUAUUUCUACAAGAACGCGUCUUAUCUUAAGGACACAAGUAACUUUUUGCUCAAAUUGGCCAAUGUUUCCAUUACAAAUCCCGAACUUUUACCUUCAUUAGACAUGUUUUCAAGUAUUAUCUUCAAUAUUGAUAGCAAAAACUUACUACUUACCAUGUUCAAGAUGAUUCUGCAGAGCAUGUUCGAUGCAAAACGUUCUAUUCCUCCUGGAUUGAUCAGAAUUUUGUCUCAUUGGCUCGCCCAAGCCGAAGAGCUUCCAGAAAAGGAGAUUAUCGAACUCUUAGGUAAUAUUGACUACUCAAACUGCCCAACAACUCUUCCAAUUUUGGUUGAUAUUAUUACUGAAAGAGCUGUUGAUAAAGACCUCAUAGAAAAAUUUGUUUUCAAGAUAGCAACAGAUACUGUUAAGCCAAAGCUCGCAAAAUGGGCUGUUAAUAUCAUAUUUAGUAAAAUUCACCAAAAAGCGGACAAUGUUCACAAAUUUGUAGACCCUCUUGUUCAGCACCUUUCUGAUCCAGACAAAUGUGAUAACGCUUCAAGGAUGAUCUACGAAUCCGUGCUUUAUGAAACAGAUUUCUUCGAAUGCAAGUCUCCACAGUCAUUAAGUCAACAAUUUACGGUCAAAGACAUAAAUAAGAAGAUGACCAUGAUAUUCCAUCCCUUCCAUUCCUCUCGCUACAUCUAUUGGAGAGUUUCUAGAGAUUCCGGCACUCCUAUCAACAAUUUUGACUUGUAUUUCAUUAACGAUGGCGUAGAGACACCGAUAUUAUAUGGAAUGCCGCUUACAGAAUUGAGUUUCAUUGGAAAUAAGAAUAUAAAAUUAGUAAUGAAGCAAGUUGAGAACAAAGAAAGGAUGAAUACUGAACCUACGUUUAUCAGAUACCUUGCCAAAACAGGUAUCGAUGCAAUGAUGAAAGUUUUAGAUUUUGUUUCACCAACAUCUGAAAGAAUUUUCCAGAUUUUGAUGCUUUUGGCCCCAAUCAAGACCUCUAGUGUCACAACACCCCUUCAAAAAGUCGUUGUCGGCGAAGGAUGCAACCCAAUGGAAUUUGUUGGCUCUUCAAAGGUCCUUCCUUACGCGAUCGCCCUCACAAACGAUGCAAUUCCUAACGAUGUUGCACAGGGAAUCGUAGAAGUCUUAGUUGCUUCUCCAUUAGAUCAUAUCUCAAUGUCAAUUGCCGUAAAAUUCUUCCCGAAGAUAGUUAACGAAUUUGUCUUUACAGCGGACAUGAUUAGAAGAGGCAUGAUUAUGAGUAAGUCCGUUCCUUUGAGGCAAAUGUUCCUUGAAUUAGCCAAAAAGACCACAGAUCCAGAUCCUUUUGUUGCAUGUCUUCCAGAUGCGAUCAAAGUUAAUUAUAGAGCUAAUACGGAGCAGUUCUUUGAAGCUCUGAAGUUAUUUAAACUUAAUUCCGACAUUUUCACACCUUUCUUUGAAGAUUUACCACAAUAUGAAGACUCCUACUACAUUGAUCCCGAUGAAACUCUCAUCCAAUUGCUCUCUUUGAUCCCGAAAACCAAAGAAACAACAGAAUUAGUCAUAAAAAGACUAUUUAUGAUGCCAACAGUAGAAAAACCAAUCAGUCCAUUCAUUUUAUCCAGCGAAUCCCGUGAAGCUGCCUUUAAUUUCCUUCAAAAUGACCUGUCAACAUCGAUUCUUUUAACUCAUGUGAAUCAGAUUCCAUCAAUUCCAUCCGUUUACCUCAAAUUCAGUGAUGAUUUCACAUACAGAGCUAGAUCUGGUCUAUACAACCUUGGUUCCACCUGUUAUAUCAACGCUGUCUUACAAUGUGUGAAUGCAUUACCAAAUGUAUCGAAUAAAAUACUUUCUUUACAAGGUAAUGACUAUCCACCAUUUGUUAUGCAGCUGAGAGAACUCCUUGCACGCAUGAGAUACACUGUUGAAGGUGCAUUAAGUGUCAGAUCGUUUGUAGAAACAUUAGAUUCAUUUAAUCCUGAUAUACAAGACGAUGCACUUAUUUUUUAUAAUUCCAACAUGAUAGAAAACCUUUCAAAGUCAAUUGGCCAAGACAAUGACAUCAUAAAAGAACUCGAAGGCGAAUCAACAUUGGCUUACGUGAGUAUUUCCGAUGGAAAGGAAUUGAGUUCACAAACAAAUAACUUCUAUCAUUUGACUGUUCCUAUUAAUGAUCUCACAAAUAUAGAUGAAGGAUUUAAGAAGCAUUUUAGCGGUUAUAUUGUUGAUUACAAUGUUGGUGAUGGAACAACAGUAAAAGCCAUUUGUAAACCAAGAAUCAACAAAUGGCCGAACUAUUUAGUUUUGCAAUUAGAAAGAUACGAAUAUACUGUUGGCGAAAGAAUCAAAUUGAUCCAUGAAUUCGCAUUUCCAAUCGCUUUGGAUCCGAAUAGAAUUUCCCAGGGAAGUCAAUCUGUUCAUUGCGAUUUCGGAUAUUCUCUUGCAGGAGUAAUUGUUCACGAAGGAGAUGUCGACAACGGCCAUUACUUCGCAAUUGUUCAAGGUGAUGACAAAGAGUGGUAUUACUGCAAUGACCAUAACUUGGAGUACUUCGAUGUCACGAAAAUGAAACAAUGGUCAUUCGGUGUUGGUGAAAAUGCUUCUGCUGUUAGAGAAAAAGUUUGGACAGGUUAUUUGUUGUUUUAUAAGAGAUCUGAUAUUGUUCCUGAGAAACCACAUUUAGAGAAAACAUUGCAACAAAUGAUAGAUACACAAAAUGCUCAGUUCUGGCCAAAUGUCGUUUUCUAUUCCCAUCAAUUUUUAGAUUUUGUGAUGAAACACGUUAAAAACUCCAAUUUCUCACAGGAAUCAAUUGAAUUGGCUUUCAUUUGUUUGUUCAGAAUCAGUGUCAUAAAAGACGAGAUUUUAUCUAAAUGGUGCUCUUUCUUUGAGAACUCCAUCUUAACUAAUAAAGACAGAGCCAAUUUCAUCAUCAAACUCAUAGGAAGUAAACUUGGAAAGACAUUUGCGAACUUGAUUUCCAUUUCUGAUUCUUCUUAUAACAACAUUUCGAGUUUGGUCAUGAAAGCAUUGGAUAAACUCAUGGAUAACCCGCAAUCCAUCAUCACAUUGAUCAAAUGCACUGAUGAGUUCGCUCACAAGAGAUCUGCAUCAUUCACAUUGGACUUGAUCGCGAGAUGCACUGAUUUCAAUUUCGAUUGGCCGAACGAAGAAGAAUUGUUGUUGACGAUUAUUUCUUAUUUGGAAAGUGACGGUUUGAAGGACAUUUUCAAGGGAUUGGCCAAGCAGCAUUCCACGGCAUUUGCAAAACUUAUGGAUCCUGUCCACGAUUUGCUAAUGACGAAAGGAAUAACUGCUCCUAUCUUCGCAAUCUUUUCAAUCGACGGAAUUAACAGAUUGACAAAUUCUGCAAGAAAAAGUGACACUUUUAUGGAUCUUUUACAAAAGAUUGCUAAGAUUAGACCAAGUUUAUACAAAGACCAGACGCAUGCAAGUCCCCAGACAAAGCAGAUUCUCCAGCAAAUCACUAUUCCGACAACAGAUGAUACAGAAACAUUUUUCCAGAAACCAGAAGUUGACACAAGAAUUUUGACAAUCACAAUCAUGAAGACAUUGUUCUCUCCAGAAGAAAAAGAACGCAAGAGUGUUGCAGCAUUCCUCAAGCAAACAGUUGGAAAGCCAACAGAUGAAACAAUGAAAUUCCUAAAUUUGGAAUUCGCAAGAGGAAAAAUUUGGGAUGAAAAAAUUUGUGAAGAAUCAAUAAUGUGUCAGGAAAUCAUCGCAGAAAUACCUGUUUGCAUUGACUAUUUAAGCAAAUCUCCUGAAGUAGUAACAGAAUACUUGGAUUUGCUUACAACAGUUAGUUGUUUGGCACCUUUUGCUUUGUCCACUUCACUUUUGCCAUUAGCCGCUGUUUUGAAUGAAAUUGACAACGAAAAUGUAAUUGUUCAGAUUGUCACGUGCAUGGUAAGAACAACAGCAGUCAUUAGAGAUUUCAUCAAUAAAGUUGAUCCUUCAACAAUUGAUAAAAUUCUUUCUCUGGAAAUCACAAAUUCUUCAAUGGUUUUGUUUUUGAUGAUUUGUGGAGAAAAAAGUGUCAAUUCGAAUUUAUUGAGGGCCAACAUAGAGUAUUAUCUAUCAGAAGAGAGUAAUGACUACUGCUUGUUGUUAGCUGACUUUGUAACUAAGUAUGGUUCUUGCGAAUUUGAAAUUCCGGAUAAUGGAAACGGAUUUGAACAAUUAUCUUUGGCUACAAGCCUCUGGGACUUCUUCACGAAUAAUGAAAAGAAGAAGAAACAAUUGGCAGUAUACAUGAUAUCAAUUUUCGAUUUAAUUAUUAAUUCUCCGUUAUUUGCUUCUCAUCGCGUUGUUAAAGAGGCAUUUGAAAGAUUGAAACAGACAAAUUGCACAGAACAAAAGGCAUUCAUGAAGAAAAUAGCUUCAAUUCCUUGGUAUUCUAAGUUAACCAAAUAA